GAUACCUUCACAUUCCGCGUUGCCAACAGUGAUAAGCCAUUCACUCGUAGAGGUGUUUUAGCAACCGUCAACAGUCUAUUUGAUCCCCUUGGUCUCGUGGCCCCCAUCACUAUCCGAGGAAAACUCCUGCUCAGAGAGCUCACGAGCACAACUGUAGACUGGGACGCUCCUCUCUCCACUGAAAAAGAGGCUGAAUGGAAUGCCUGGAGAGACUCACUACAGGAUCUCGAACAAUUCGAAACUCCACGAGCAUACACAGUAGCAUCUCUCUCAAACUCAGUGAGAAAGGAGGUCCAUGUUUUUGCUGAUGCAUCCAUACAAGCCAUAGCAGCUGUAGCCUACCUGAAGGUCACAGACAGUGACGGCAUGUGUCAUGUAGGCUUCAUCAUGGGCAAGGCUAAAUUAGCUCCUCUGCCAAACCACACCGUUCCCAGACUUGAACUAUGUGCUGCUGUCCUUGCAGUCGACGUAGCAGAGCUGAUUGUUCAAGAGCUAGACUAUAAGCCAGAUUCCCUAAAAUUCUACACAGACAGCAAGGUGGUGUUGGGGUAUAUCUGUAAUGUCACUAGACGGUUUUACUUGUAUGUGAGCAAUAGAGUGCAAAAAAUCCGAAAGUACACACUUCCUGAGCAAUGGCAUUAUGUUCCCACCUCACUUAAUCCGGCAGAUGUGGCUACCAGAUCAGUUCCCGCGGCUCGUCUCGCUGAGACCAUUUGGCUCACUGGCCCAACAUUCUUACAGCACCCAGAAUCCUCACAUACCCCAGAGGAAGCGACCUUUGACCUCAUUCACCCAGAGUCUGAUGUUGAGGUGCGCUCUUUGAUCACCUCAUGCACAAAACUAAAAACGACUCUAGGCUCUCACCGCUUUGAGAGAUUUUCUACCUGGAAGUCUCUUGUUAGAGCUACAGCAUCUCUUAUCCACAUUACACAGUCCUUCAAGCACAAAGAGAGUUGCAGAGGAUGGCACCACUGUGCACAGCCUCUCCCUGCUGACCUGUGGGCACAAGCAAAAGCAGUCAUUAUUGGAUGUGUCCAAAGAGAGGCCUAUCAAGCUGAAUUCACAUGUCUGGAAAAAGGGAAAGAAAUUCCUAGAAAUAGUCCACUCAGAAAACUGAAUCCUGUUCUGGAACAUGGUCUUUUGACGAUUGGAGGACGACUUGAACACGCCACUCUUAGUACCACAGAGAAACAUCCACUCAUCAUACCAGGUCGCAGCCAUAUUGCAACUCUCCUAACAAAGCACUUUCACGAGAGGGUGAAACAUCAGGGCCGUCUCUUCACUGAGGCCUCCAUCCGCACAGAGGGCUUUUGGAUAAUUGGAGCUAAAAGAUGCAUCAACAGCAAUCUCCGUAAAUGUGUCAUAUGCACCAAGCUCAGAGGAAAAACAGCAGAGCAGAUAAUGGGAGACCUGCCCGCUGACCGUGUAAGCACAGAGCCACCCUUUACAAACGUGGGCCUAGAUGUGUUUGGACCCUGGGACGUGUCCACACGCCGCACCCGCGGAGGUCACGCCAACAGCAAAAGGUGGGCUGUAAUCUUCACAUGCUUAAGUGUGCGAGCUGUGCACAUUGAGCUAAUCGAGUCAAUGGACAGUUCAUCCUUCAUUAACGCUCUACGCCGCUUCAUUGCCCUGCGUGGCCCCGUAAAACAAAUACGCUCCGACUGUGGAACUAACUUUAAAGGAGCAUGCAAAGAGCUGAAAAUGCUUAUGGACAGUACAGGUGAGCCGAGCGUGUCAAGAUAUCUCAGCGGGGAGGGAAGCACUUGGACCUUUAACCCACCCCACUCCUCUCACAUGGGAGGGGCAUGGGAAAGAAUGAUUGGGAUAUCGAGACGGAUCCUAGACUCAAUGUUAUCACAAGUCGCCCCCUCACAUCUCACUCACGAGGUGCUGUCUACCUUCAUGGCCGAAGUGUGCGCUAUCAUUAAUGCAAGGCCUCUGGCGCCCAUCUCCAAUGAUCCAGAAUCUCCUUAUCUCUUAACACCAGCGAUGAUCCUCACACAGAAAACGUCCAUCCCUAAUCCUCCUCCUGGAUCCUUUGAGAGCGCAGACCUUUACAGACAGCAAUGGAAAAGAGUACAGCAUCUUGCCAACAUGUUCUGGGAAAGAUGGAGACGCGAGUAUCUUGCUACUCUUCAAACACGCAGCAAAUGGCAAGAAAGUAGGCCUAACAUUAAAGAAGGUGACCUAGUCCUGUUAAAGGACAACCAAGUGAAGAGGAAUGAGUGGCCUAUGGCUCUCGUCACUAAAGCCAUCCCUGGCACUGAUGGAAAAGUCAGGAAGUUGGAACUGAGAGUAACAAAAGGAGGCAGCGCAAAAACUUUUCUUAGGCCUAUCGUGGAAGUGAUACUGCUUAUGUCUCCUUAGUUACUUCUAGCUUUAGUUAUUAGUUACUACUGUACUUUGCUACCUUUAACUCCUUUAAAAAAUGUGUUUAGUGAUAUUGUGUUCAAUAUCAAACGGGGAGUGUCAUGUUAUGUAUUAUUAAUUCUUUGUUUUGGCGACACACACUGGCCAUAUCUGAUACAGCAGGAUAGCUAGUUUCUGGUCAGUGUUAUGUAAUCUCUUUAUUGUUAUGAAUCUGUCUGGUGGUUGCUAGGUUACCACCAUUCAGCCAUUUUAUGACCAGCACACUUACAGCAGAAAGCAUUUUUCCUUCCUAAUACAAUCUACGUCAUCUAUGUGUUUAAAAGCCUUGGAGAAGCUUUGCUUGUAAGUAAUGUUGUUAACGAAUAUUUUACGUUCGCAUAUUUGUGAGUAUUUUUUGUGAAUUCUUAUAUUGUGAUGCUGUGUAACAUAAGCAGCUCACCCAAUGCAUUUACUAUGCAGUUCACUUAGGAGCUAGCAUUUAAUACAGCUUAGACUGUAGUUCUUUCUUUGGUAUAUAUUAUUUAGGCUAUAUGAGUAUUUACAAUAUUUACAGUGUUUACUUCUGACCUGAUUGUAAGUGAUUUAUUGGAACAGGUUGUAGCUUAAUUCUAAAUACUGUUUUUGUAUUUAGUUUCACAGAUUCAGUGGUUUCCUGUGUUAAUGCCUUUACACGAGUAAAGUGUCAACUUUAUAUCCACGUCUGGGGUUUUCAUUCAUCACUGACUGUUUAGCUAU